GGUGGGACCACCUGAUGAGAAACGUGCGAGCAGGCCAUCUUAAUAAAAUUCUAAGCCAGUAUUAAGACAGCAAGCUCACUUUGAUCUUAUCGCCCUCACCUUCUCCAUUGCUGCAAGUUUCCACUCUCCCCCAAAAAAACGAAGAAGAAGAAGAAGGAAAGAAAGAGAGGGAGAGAAUAGAUGAUUUAUGGAAUACAAGCCGCACUGCCAAACCCCUCUUUUCUCCGAUCCGAGAAAUCUUCCUCCAUCGAUCUCUCUUCUUCCGAUCGGACGGCUCACAACUCAUCUCGCCAUCUCGUCUUCGUCGUCAAUCCCAAGGGCGCCAAUGGCCGGACUGGCAAGGAAUGGAAGAAGCUGCUACCGUAUCUGAGGUCGCGUCUCGGUAGCGAUUGCAAUGUACACGAAUCCUUGACUUCAGGUCCUUCUCAUGCUAUUGACAUAACAAGGGAGGCCAUAAGGGAGGGAGCUGAUGCUGUGAUAGCAGUUGGAGGUGAUGGUACACUUCAUGAGGUGGUAAAUGGUUUUUUUUGGGCAGGAAAACCCGUCCUGGCUCAUGACCAGGGGGCUACACAUGCAACUGCACUUGGUCUCAUUCCUCUUGGGACUGGAUCUGAUUUUGCCAGAACAUUUGGAUGGAAAAAUGAUCCCCACGAAGCCAUUGAACGCGUUGCUAGAGGGAUGAAAACCCGGAUAGAUAUUGGCACUAUUAGAGGAGAGAGUGGAGAACCUCAUUACUUCAUAAAUGUUGCUGACAUUCACUUGAGUGCGAAGGCAGGUUUUUAUGCUUCUAGGUACAAAAGAUUUGGAAACUUAUGUUAUGUCAUUGGUGCUUUGAGAGCCUUUAUGUCACACAGAAACUGGGACCUUAGGAUCAAGGUUAACGAGGGAGACUGGGAAAUAUUUCCUCAAGUAACAGCCCUUUGCAUAGGAAAUGCCAAAUUCUUCGGGGGUGGCAUGAAGAUUACUCCAAGUGCUGACCCUUGCAAUGGAAACUUUGAGGUCGUGAUUCUUCAGGACUUUAAGUGGUAUGACUUUGUUCUUAAGCUGCACAAGCUGUACAAAGGUACACACCUUUCAGAAAAGAAUGUAUGUUCAAGAAGUGUACGUUCGAUCGAGGUGGAAGAAGUUGUGAGCAGCGGUAGCAUUUAUGUUCAGUCAGACGGCGAGCAUUUAGGAUUUCUUCCUAGAAGGUUUUGUAUUUUACCUGGUGCAAUUGAGAUGCUGUACUAAUUUCAGUGAUGAUGCUGUUUGCCUAUACAUGCUCUUCCAUUGUUUUAAAUGUGUAAAGACUAAUAGCAGGUACAGGAUUUGUACACCCUUCAAAGUAUUCCAAUAAUAUCUCUUUAG